AUGGCAAGAGUUUGGUCGCUGCUGUUCUGCUUUGCGGGGGCCAAAGCAGGAGGACUUGCUGCCUUGGAUGCCUUGAAACCAAGCACCUUCGACUAUGCCACGGAGAAGCUGCUUGGAGAUGCCAUGGCCAUGUCUGAAAAGAUCGGUGAACUUUUGGUUCACGGGGAAGCAGUGCAAGUCCUGGAAACGUCUUGCAAGUUACUGCAUCGGCCGCCAAAAAAAAGGAAGUGGGCCUUGUACAACCCCUCGCUGCUGGAAUUAAGCUGGCAUGGUGAAAAAGUGUUCCUUGUCACCUACCGGGCGGGUACUUGGCAGCUGUGCGGCUGGGACGGCCGCAGCUCUCCGAUAGCUUCACUUCCUGAAGUCGAUGGCCGCCGUCAGGCAACAAGCAAAGUGAUGGCCGCCAUUGUGCGCAACGAUUUUUUGACGAUACUGCCAGUGCACGAACUCCAGGACCAGAAGUAUUCAGAACACGCUUGCGUUCAUUCCACAGGCAUGCGCCGAGUUGGCAUUGAUGAUAGCCGGCUCUUUCUUCUGGACGGCGAUCCUUUUGCGCUCUUUGCAGGGGUGGCUCCUGCUGGGCAGGAACACCCGUGCCAGCACCGUCAGUACCUUUGUCCUCUCCAACUCCCAGAGGAGGGGGCCAAGGUCCGGUGCCGAACAAAGACCAUGCUGACAUUUGAAUUUGCAGAUGAACUAUCUGAGAGAAUGCUGAGACAAGACCGGCUAGGAAGCGUGCAUCAGAAGAAUUGGAUGCCUUUCGUUGCGAAUGGCCAGCUGUAUUUGAUCUUCACCAUAGAGCCCUUGCGCGUGAUGCAUGUGAAUGUCAAAACCGGGCAAUGUGCCGAAGUGAGUGUGGUCAGAACACCUGCUCUCAGCGCUUUGCAUCCCAGAGAGGAUGAGUUUCGAGGGCACGGAGGACCUGCUUUGGUGCCGCUCCCCAGCGGAGACCUACUGGGCAUGGCAAGAGUGCAGACGGGAAACUUGCUCUAUAGCCAUUUCUUUUUCACGCUUCGGGUAUCCAGCAAGCCUUCCUCUUCAGCGCCAGUCAUAAUGUCUUCAGUCAGUCCUUUAUUGUGCUUCGGUUCUAGCAGGCCUGGCCUGUGUGAAGUGAUACAGUUUGUUGGUGGCCUUCAUGUUGACAAAGAGCAAUUGGUCAUCACGUAUGGAGUCAAUGAUUGCGAACCCAAAGUGACAAUUAUCGCUUUGGGUAGUGUCUUGAAGCUUCUGAAGCCAAGUGUGCCUGCAACACGCCACCGCCCGCCUGCGCAUGGUGUUUGGCGUUCUGCUUGGUGGCGCCAAAUGCAACCUCUGGCUCAUAUUCGCAAGGAGGGCGUCCUUGAAGAGACGCUCGCCCGCGUGACAAGAUGCCAUGUGGCCGUGGACCCUUCGCCGGAUAUCAAGGAUCAGCUGGUGUUGCUACAUGCCGACCCGGCUGUGUUGCUGAUCCCUGGGCUUUGGAGCCAGCAGGCAUGUGACAAGUUGAUUUUGGCUGCCCUGUGUAGCCACUCGGCAUGA